AUGGCGUUGGAAUUAGCUGGAGAAGAUAGUAUUACUGCUUUCAAUGAUGACUCUGAAACAAGAGGUGUAAUCAAGUCUUCUUUCAAAAACAUAAGAACAUUUGAAGAGAAUGCCGUUGGUAAAGUGAAACGAUUCUUUACGAUAAGAAUAUAUCGAAUAACGCUAACUCAUCUUAUUAUCCUUAUCAUAUGGGUUUCGUUCCUGUUGAAGUAUACAUCGUAUUAUAAUGAGAUGUAUGCAAAAAAUGCACUGGUCGCGACUCUUUUUAUGAAUUCCAUCUUAUUUGGUAUAUCCGAUUGUCUAGCACAAAGUAUAACCUGUUUUUUUUCUGGUCCCUUAGAUCCUGUACCCAAAAUUGUGGAUGAUACUGCAAGACAUAUUAUGAAUCAGUUUCGCUCUCCAGCACACGAAUCGCUGGAUCUGGAAAAUGGGUAUGAGAGUGACACUCUGUCUGUUUUUAACGAUUAUGGAUUAUCACCUGCUUCAUCCUCCAUUGGGAACGAGGAGGGGUUUUUGCCUUCUGAGGAAGAAGUUGGAACUACAAGAACAUAUCUUUUCAAUUUUAGAAGAUUCUUCUCGUUUAUGUUUUGGGGGUUCUUCAUUUCAUUCUUUCAAGUGCCAUGGUACAAGAUAUUGAAUUUUUUCUACACUGAAGAUCCAACUGUUAUUCAAGUGUUAGAAAGAGUUCUUUCCGACCAGUUAACGUAUUCACCAGUUCAAUUAUAUUUUUUCUUCAUGUAUGCAAAUUAUAUCAUGGAAGGUGGGAAUGCAGAAACUUUCGCAACCAAGAUUAAAAGCAUUUAUAUAUCCACACUAGGAUGUAAUUAUCUUGUGUGGCCAGCAGUUCAAUUCAUUAAUUUUCUAUUAUUACCUAAACCAUUUCAAGUCCCAUUUAGUUCAUCGGUAGGUGUUCUUUGGAAUUGUUUCUUAUCGAUGAGGAACGCUUCCAAGUCUGUCAAUUCUGCAUAA